UAAAAGCGGUUGGCUGCCCUCCUGUCGGGUGUCACCAAUAGCGUGCGGCCGACCCUGGAGCUUGUCUGGCUUAUGAGGCUGUGGGCCGCGAGAGUGCGGUGAAGUAACUUUAGGUGCAAGAUGCCGGGAAGUAACUCGGGAGAGGGUAGCGACAGAAGCGAGGAGCAGGUGUCUGGUGCUAAAGUCAUCGCCCAGGCUCUGAAAACGCAAAAUGUGGAGUACAUGUUCGGAGUCGUAGGCAUCCCGGUGACCGAAAUCGCCCUUGCUGCACAGGAAUUGGGCAUCAGGUACAUCGGGAUGAGGAAUGAGCAAGCGGCUUGUUAUGCUGCCUCUGCGGUUGGAUACCUAACGGGCAGGCCAGGAGUGUGCCUUGUGGUUUCUGGCCCAGGUCUCAUCCACGCCUUGGGUGGCAUGGCAAACGCGAACAUGAACUGCUGGCCCUUGAUUGUGAUUGGUGGUUCUUCUGAAAGAAAUCAAGAAACAAUGGGAGCCUUUCAGGAGUUUCCUCAGGUUGAAGCUUGCAGAUUAUAUAGCAAGUUCUCUGCCCGGCCAGUCAGCAUAGAACAUAUUCCUUCUGUUAUUGAAAAGGCAGUGAGAAGCAGUAUCUAUGGUCGACCAGGUGCUUGUUACGUUGACAUUCCUGCAGAUCUCGUGAUCCUCCAGGAGAAUGUGAAUUCUAUAAAGUACAAGGAGUGCUGCAUGCCAUCUCCAGUUAGCAUGGCCGAAACCCCUGCUGUGUGUAUGGCAGCAUCUGUUAUUAGAAAUGCCAAACGGCCCCUGCUCAUCAUCGGGAAAGGUGCCGCUUAUUCCCGUGCAGAGGACAGUCUCCGGAAGCUGGUGGAGCAGUGCAAUUUGCCAUUUUUGCCCACCCCUAUGGGGAAGGGUGUUGUCCCUGACAAUCAUCCAAACUGUGUAGGUGCAGCCAGAUCCAGGGCUUUGCAGUUUGCUGAUGUGAUUGUGUUAUUUGGUGCGAGACUGAACUGGAUAUUACAUUUUGGAUUGCCUCCAAGAUACCAGGCAGAUGUGAAGUUUAUUCAGAUUGAUAUCUGUGCAGAAGAAUUGGGGAAUAAUGUAAGGCCUUCCGUGACUUUGCUAGGAGACAUAAAUGCUGUUUCUAAGCAGCUUUUGGAACAGUUUGAUAAAACCCCAUGGCAGUACCCCAUAGACAGCAAAUGGUGGGAGACUCUGAGGGGAAAAAUGAGGACCAAUGAAGCUGCAUCCAAGGAAUUAGCUUCCAAAAGAUCCCUCCCUAUGAAUUAUUACACAGUAUUCUACCAUGUUCAAGAACAGUUACCCAGAGACUGUUUUAUAGUAAGUGAGGGAGCUAAUACUAUGGACAUUGGCCGUACUGUGCUUCAGAACUACCUUCCUCGCCACAGGCUUGAUGCUGGCACCUUUGGAACAAUGGGAGUCGGUUUGGGAUUUGCUAUUGCAGCUGCUCUAGUGGCUAAAGAUAGAAGUCCCAGGCAGCGGGUCAUCUGUGUGGAAGGUGACAGUGCCUUUGGGUUUUCUGGCAUGGAAGUAGAAACCAUCUGCAGGUACAACUUGCCAAUUAUAAUCUUGGUAGUAAACAAUAAUGGAAUCUACCAAGGUGUUGAUGCAGACACUUGGGGAAAAAUGUCAAAUUUUCAAGAAGCUGCUGCAGUCAUCCCUCCGAUGUGUCUCUUGCCAAACUCGCAUUAUGAGCAGGUCAUGACUGCAUUUGGAGGCAAAGGGUAUUUUGUACAAACACCAGAAGAACUCCAAAACUCCCUGAGGCAGGCACUGGAAGACACAAGCAAGCCCUGUCUUAUCAACAUCAUGAUUGAACCACAGAGCACACGGAAGGCCCAGGACUUUCACUGGCUGACCCGUUCUAAUAUGUGAAUAAACUAGUUGAUGGUUUUGAGGAACUUUCUCUUUCCAGCAAGGUAGAAUUUACUUUCCAUAGCAAAAACAUUUAAAAUUAUGUUUUAUUAAAGAAAUUGAUUAAAAACAGAAAA